CAACCUUGGGACCCGAUUCAAUGUAGCAUAGCCGCUCGAUCCGUGCCACCAAGACUCUACGAUCAUUCUAGAGUGAUUCUCCAAGAUUCUGAGCACAAGAGUUAAAGUUCGACGGCAUUAUGCAGAUUGCCAAGCGAUGACUCGGUGCCGGCAUGACUGUAUAACAGUGGGCUCAGCCACUUAUUUUCGAGUCUUCGCCCUUGUACAACAACUACACUACUCUCCAAGUCAUUUGUCAACUGUCACGCGACAGUCUCAUUUCGAUGAUCAGGACAAGCGAUUCAGCAGAGUCGACCCCGUCUUCAGCCUCAGUCUCCAGAUCAUCUAGAGUCAGCAAGGCUUGCGACAGAUGUCGAACAAACAAGAGCAAGUGCGAUGGCAAGCGUCCAUGCGUCCGCUGCAAGUCCAAAAACGGAAUAUGUACCUACUAUAUAAGGAAUCCACCGGUCAACAAAUCAUAUCCAAAGGGCUAUCCCGAUCUAUUGGAGCGAAAAAAUGAGCAAUUGAGCAAAGGCCUACUGGAACUUUACAAGUUGCUACAACACGCUGGUGAUUCUGAAGAUCGCAGUCCUUCUGAAUCACCAGAACCGCUGCUCGUACAUGAUGUCCUCGAGAACCUUGGUGUUUUAGACUUGGACACGAACAAGAAUCAUAUGCUUCGGAGCAACGACUCGGAAGAGCCUCGCGAUGGGAGGGAGAAGCCCUUACCCUCGAGGUUUGGCAUGAAGAUCUCAAAUUGGAAUGAGCAAGACAUUAUCAAUGAGGGGGAGUUGUCUGAAUCAACUCCCAUACAAGCACUCUCAACGGAUCUGUCAUCACACACACAUGCAUAUGAGAUGGGGGCAUCUCCAAAUAUCGACGGAGCAACAACGCCUCACUCACAGCAGUUCGUUUACUCCGAAGCUUUGACGGCGUCUCAUACGCAGCAAUCCAUCCAUUCGGAAGAUCCGACAGCCUCAAUCGCCGACGAUGAGAUAAACAGGCUCUGGUCUGAGAUGUUCGGCAUGGAUCGUACUUUAGUGAUUGGUUGGUGAGGAUGGAGUACGGACGGCUUAUCGGAUCCAAGGCCCUGGACUCACACCGGAGGAGCUGGAAGCUGUUUCGACGUAUCAGCCAUUGAACGACCUCGACUGGUCCAGAGCAGCAUCCAUCUCUCGGAGACGUUUCAUAUCCAAAUGACAUGUACAGCGCGCGGGUGACUUUUCGACAAUAUCUUGCAAGAAGUCACUACAGAUGUGCAAUCACGAGCGCAUGAGUCCUUAUAGUGUAACUUAUUUGACAGCAUCAGCUCUGUG